GCAUGAAGUAACAAAUUGUCUGGACUUACAGCAGAUACUAAGCUUGUAAUAUGUGCCCGGACUUCGGGAUGGACAAUGUCCACAGUACCAUCAGCCAACUCCAUGAUGGGCGAAUUUCUCACAAUAAGCAAUGUGCCUGGAUGGCGCUCCAAUGGUGUUUUUAGGCGGACGCUGGCAAACAAUGUUGCUGCUUUGAUACUGUACAAUGUGAAUGUAUGCUAGAUGGGGCAUCUGGUACGCGACGGAGACGCGUCGGCGCAGCUGCUUUCACUCGGAGUGGCGCGUUAAGUGAUUUGAGCCACAGUGGUGUGUGGCGGUCCGGCUUAGCGUGGCUCGUUACGCUCCAAGACCGAGGUUACCCGCAAUUGACCUUACCCAUCACGACGCCUGGCGAGCUAACCAGCGACAUUUUCCAUUUCGCAUCGCCAAUCGCCAAUUGCGAACAAAAAAUUAGACACAAUGACAUCAGCACUCCUCCGUAUGCACGCAUUGAAUGCUGCGCGCCAGGCGCGCUCCUUCAGCUCGUCACCUCGCAUGUACGCUGCCCAAGUCAACAAGGUCGGCGUUAUCGGCGCUGGCCAGAUGGGUCUCGGUAUUGCUCUCGUAGUGGCCCAGAAGGCUGGUGUGCCCGUCACCUUGGUUGAUACUUCCGACAAGGCUUUGGCCAAGGGUAUUGCCUUUGCAGAGAAGCUUCUGGCGAAGGAUGUGACAAAGCAGAGAAUUACACAGGAGCAGGCUGAUACGGCUCGGUCUAUGUUGAGCACAACAACGGCAAUGGAAGACCUGUCGACUGUUGACUUUGUCAUUGAGGCUGUCCCCGAGAUUCCUCAGCUCAAGUUCGACAUCUUCGCAAAGUUGGCCAAGAUUUGCGCCCCUCAUGCUAUCCUUGCAACCAACACCUCGUCGAUUUCCAUUACACGCAUUGCUGCUGCUACCACGACCGACCCUACCGAUACCUCUGCGUCUUCUCGCGUUGUCUCAACGCAUUUCAUGAACCCUGUUCCUGUGCAGAAGGGCGUUGAGAUCAUCAGCGGUCUUCAAACUAGCAAGGAAACUCUCGACACAGCCGUAGAGUUUUGCAAGAAGAUGGGCAAGAUCACCUCCGUAUCCGCUGAUUCUCCCGGAUUCUUGGCCAACCGUAUCUUGAUGCCUUACAUCAACGAAGCAGUCAUCUGCCUCGAAACAGGCGUCGGUGACCGCGACUCCAUUGAUGCCAUUAUGAAAAAUGGAACCAACGUUCCCAUGGGUCCCCUGCAGCUGGCGGACUUCAUCGGCCUAGACACUUGUUUGGCCAUCAUGAAGGUUCUUUAUACCGAGACUGGAGACUCAAAGUAUCGUCCCAGCGUCUUGCUUGGCAAGAUGGUGGAUGCGGGAUGGCUUGGCAAGAAGAGCGGAAAGGGCUUCUACGAUUACUGAUUUAUGCGAGGAUAUUAUCGAGUUUAUUAAUGUUAGACGGUCAACUGCAUAUUUCAUGAGGAAAUUGCAGGUGAGCCACCGUGGUAGCAAAAAAAGUUAUUGUGCUGGCUUUAGUAGAACCCGGAUAUCGUAAGCGACCAAAAUAGACUUAAAUAUUCCCCGAGAUGCGAAUCUUAGUUCACAGCUGACAUAAGACUCCGCCAGUUCUGUCAUUUCUGACAGCCGGCAAAUUGGCACGGCAGGU